AAUCUAAUGUGACGUGAUCGUAACAUAUAUAUAUAUAAUAUAAAUAGUUUCAUAGAAUUUCAAAUUCAAUCUAUUGAAAACGUAAUUUAGGUAAUCAUCGUGACGGUAGUUAAAAAAUAUUUGAAAUUAUACUAAAAAUAAUUAAUUGUUCUCGUCUCGUAAAUACUAUUGAUAUUGAAAAAUAAAGGUGACUUAUAAUUAUUUUAAUAAAAGAAUAAAACGAAAAUGUCGCACAGGUCAAGUUUUCAGUCCAGUGAUAUGUUUCCAAGGGAAAUUGAUAUAGAGAUAUGUUUAAAAACUUUAAAAAUAUAUCAGAAAAUGGAAGGAGAUGUCAACUGCGUAGUAUGGGAUGCAUCAUUGGUUUUAGCAAAAUAUUUAGAGACAAUAUGUCAAAAGAAGCCUGAUUUUUUAAGCGGCAUUAAAGUAUUGGAACUAGGCUCAGGAUUGGGCGUAGUUGGUCUCACUGCAGCAACUUUAGGUGCACAAGUAACACUCACAGACUUGCCAGAAGCUUUGCCACUUCUUCGGUUAAAUAUCAAUGAAAAUAAAUCAAAAAUUGGUAGCAUGGGUGGUUAUGCUAUUGCAGAAUCAUUGGUGUGGGGUGAUAGCAGUUCAGAGAUACUAAAAGAAGAAUUUGACAUGAUUGUAUUAGCUGAUUGUGUAUAUUAUGAAGAGGCUAUUGAUCCUCUAAUUCAGACUCUUCAGUGUUUAAAUAACACAAUAACAAAGAAACCAAUUAUUUAUUUAACACAAGAAUUAAGAGACUCUGAUAUCCAGAAAAGACUAUGGGACACUUUUUAUGAAAAGUUAUCUGAAUUUUUCUAUGUGGAGAAGAUACCUGAAGAUGAACAACAUGCAAAUUAUAGAAGUCCUGAUAUAGUAUUAUUAAGAAUAAAUAAAAAAUGAUAUUUGUAUAGUAAUGAUAUGUAUAGUUUGUGAUCACAAUCAUUGACACCAAUUUAUAAGUAAUAACUUUUACCAAAGACAGUACCGAUGCAGUUAAAAAAAUCUAAUAUACCAUCAGAUGAACAUAUAAAAGUUUCAAUAAUCAAUAUUUAAUAUUAAAAAUCUAUAUAAAUGAUAAUAGUAUUAAUAGUUAUUAGACAAUAUCUUAGAUUGACUUUUAUAUAUUAGUGUGCAGCUAUUUGUGUUUGAAUCUCAGGAUAUUGAACAAAGCAGAAGUAGUUCUUGCAUAUAGACUUGUAUGUACCAAAACUGCAUAUAAAUAUUUUUCUAUUUGCUUAUUUUGUUGCACCAUCAAUUUUAUUUCUUGUCUAGGAUUGACUGGUAGAUAGUGCAAUAUUGUGUUAAGACAUCCUCUUUUACACUGUAAGUAUAUUAUAAUUUAACAAAUAAAUAAAUGAAAUAAUAGAAAAUAUGUCUUACAUGUAGCCACUCAUUUUAAAUUGUAAAAUGUAUUUCUGUUUAAUGUAUUAGGGUACUCUGAUUAUAUACAUGUAAGUGACCCAUAUUCUUCAAAUAUAAUUUGUAUAUGGAUGUACAUGUAUGUAUAAGAUGUAAGAUAUUUUUAAUCACACUGUAGAUCAUGCUAUGCAAUCUUAUCACCUUAAAAAGUAGAAUAAAAGAUGGUUUAUCAUUGCUCUGUAAUAGACACAUUGUUCAAGUAAAGUUAUUAGUUAUCAUAAGGUAAUAGUUUACACUGGUGGAGUAAAAAUGAGAUGUCAUUGGUUAAGAUGAAGUUGGGUUACUUGAAAAACUUGUUCACUUACAAUAGUAUCAUGUACAAACACCCAACUCGAGGCUAAGUGCAGAAAAGCUCUGAUUAACUAACAAUGUAAGUUGUCAGGAACUGUGUAUAUAAUUAUUAACAGUGGUGUGUGAAGGGUAUUAUGGGCGACAUAGUAUAUUAUGUUAUAUUCAUGGUAAUGUAAUAAUCUAUUAACCAUAGAUUCAUGAAUUAUGAAUGUUGAUGCUCUACAGGCUAAAGAAAUUUAGACCAAAUGCAUGUGUGCUUAAAUAUUCACAAAAACUAGUGUAAAGGCAUAUAUUUUCAAUCAUGUACUGAUCAAAAAAUGAAAUUAAUUUUAAUGAAUUUGGGAGUAAAACACGAAGAUGCAUAUUUUACUAUGUAGACAUUCUUUAAAUGCAAUAUUAUAGAACCAUCAUAAAUACUUUGUAUAGGAAUUGGUAGAAAAAAUAUAUCUAAUUUAAUUUUAAUACACUUCCAAACGUUCAUGAAUUGAAAUAAAAUUUAUAAUUAUAACAAAUACUUGAAUUUUUACUAUUUAUAGAGUUGUCAGCAAUAGAAUAUUUAUAAAGAUCAAGCAAUUUACCACUUUAUAGGAGUUGUCACCGACCUUCAUCCAUAAAAUCUGGAAAAAAAAUGCAUAUUACCUUUUUAAAGUAACAACACAAUAAAAAUUAUGGAAAAAAACAUAGAUAUCCAUAGUGUUGUAUCAUUAUCUAUAUAUGCCUCUAACUAAAAUACCGAAAUCCACUUUUUUCUUUUUAUUUAUUAAUUUAUUAAGAAUUGCCUCUCAGCGGUGUAACUAAUUCAUGCAUUCUUUUCAAACCAAUUCUAUUCUAGAACAUCUUAGAUCUCCUUAUACGACCUGACACCUACUUUUUUCUUUAUCUGUCCCAUGUAGUUAUUUCCUAAGAACGUGGAAUUACAUAGAAGUGAUAAAAUUGACAAUUCAUAGCAGGCUAGUGUAUAGAAAAUGUUAUAUCAAAUCAAAUUCAGAUACAACCUGUUUGCAUACUUUUUACAUAAACUGUGUCGAAUAUAUAAUCUAAUAAUGUAUGUUAUUGACAAAUAAUUGACAUAAAAACAUGUUCUAUACACUAGCUUGCUAUGAAUUAGAAAAAAAGCAACUGAUGGUGUAUCUUUUGUCCUAUUUUUACUAAUUAUAUUUGCAUAAGGAAGCAACCACAUGAUUCAGAGUUUUUAUCAUUCCUUCGAUUAUAUUUAUUUAUUUAUUUCUUAUUGCAUUCCAUAAUAUAAUUAGUAGAUAACAUUUCAAUUAUGGACCCUGUUGUGCACAGCAAGUAGGAGAGAGGAGGACAACACUUCAAUCGGUUUAGAAAUAGUCUAAGGAUCUGUUACAAUAUUAUCCAGUCAUUGAAAUUGUAAUUCCUUGUUCUUAGGUUAUUUUUCGGUUCUCUUUUUUUCCCUCUAUUUUUCCUUUUAGACUCGACUAUUAUAAUAAAAUCUAGCCAUUUCAUAAUAAAAAAAUUACACAUUUUACGAUGAACAUGGACAAUAAAACAAGUGCAAAUACGUUUAUUUACUUCAUUUUGCUUUACUUCAAUUUUAAAUCUAAUUUUUUUUAUAGGUGAGUAAUGCAUUUGGGCGCGCUAAAUAAUAGUUGGAAGUAUAUAAAUAAUAUCUUAAAAAAACACGUAUUCAUUUUAAAUGAAUACAUGUAUAAUUAACUAUAUCCGUAUAAUAAAUAUCAGACAAGUAGCUCUAUUUAUUAUUAUAGUAUUAGUAUAAUCAUAUGUAUGCAACUAUAUAAUAUGACUAAAAUUAAUUUUACUUUAAAUGGUGACAUUUUAACGGAAAAAUGCACACUUCAAAUAUUAUUAGUUAAUUAUUCAUAGAUAAUAUUCAUCAUCAUUAUAUUUACAUAGUAGUAAUAGAUGUAAUAUUAGUUACUUCUUUGUAAUGUAUCAUCAUCAUUUUCCUACCCUUAUCCCAAUUAUUAUUUGGGGUCGGCGUAAUAUGUUUUUUAUGAUAUUGAUAAAUAGUAGGAACCACAGUAGGAAUAACACAAUGGAUUUUAAUUAAUUGUACUAGUUCAUCAAAAUUAGUAACAUAGCAUAAAAAAUUAGCUCAGCUACUAUAUGAUCGAGUGAAUUAAUUUAUUAAAUAAUUCAUGCAUACUUCAAUUAAACUUAAUUAUUUAUAAAUAUAUGGUAAAACCUACCGUCACUACUACCAACAUAAUGGAACGACAAAUCCAGGACACUCGCGAGCAUCCACCCGCUUGUUAUAAUAGACAAAGGCGCCCUCUACAGUAGUCUUACGCCGGCCGCCAAUACGUUCGUAUAUGUGCCUAGACCUAAAGCGCGCUCCCGCCAUUGCUAACAACUGUGUAUUACUUGUUGCUCGUAUUAAACUUGUUUUGACAA